AUGCCGCCAAAGAAACAACUUGCAUCGAAUAAAAGUGAUUCCUCGGAUAAUGAGGGUACACCUGACGCCGCCGUGGAAGCGAUAGUUCAUCCUCUGCGCCGGCGCACGCUCUGUCGCCUCAGCAACCUGUACUUAAUUCUGCGCCACCCGCUCAUACCGCGCGCGUUAAAUCGCCACCUCUCAACUCGGGUGCGCGUUCGGACGUCGCUCUAUGUACUUCGUUUGCGAACGUUUCGCAACAAUCGUCGCCUUCUGCGCGUGCGAACGAUGCGCGGAGUACCGUAUUACUCUCAACCGCUCAAGUCCUUACAUACGACGCUCGGGGAGAUAAACAAA